AUGGAUUUCUUGAAGCUCGCUCGAGUGAUGGGCAUUGGCGGGAAUCAUCAACUUUAUAAUGUUUUAGGGGGUUCUAAUAAGCUGUCAGUAGGUUUUUUUAUCGCGGAAUUAGACCUUCUAUCUAUAAUGCAAAAAAUGCACAACCUCAAAAUAUUUCAAUACGGAUCAAAUAUUCCAAUUAUUGACGUAGAUAAUAAUCAACUGAUUGAUACAGAUUUGCCAACUAUUUCUGAUUAUAAUAGCCCUAUUUCUUCUUCCGAUUUUAUAAAAGUAUCCAUUUCGGGUUCGGAAGUGUCCUCGGGUUCAUCAACCCACUCAGAGCCCUUACAUCCUUCCAUCCCUGUAGAAAUAGAGACGCUUCAUUCCACUAUCGUUCAUAAAAUGGAAUUCUUUUUAGAAGAAAGAGAAAUUCAAAUGCCAGACCACUGGUCCACCUAUGAACUCCUCAAGGAGCAUGUUAUUAAUAAUGAAGCCUUAUUUUAUGAUAUCUCCUUUUUGAACGAUAUGAUUGCAGAUCUUUCUGUUGCGCAAAACCCGGGAUGGGUUGAAGCAACCAUUGAUAUGAUUCACUUAAUCAACUAUGUCUUCUAA